AUGGACAGAAGUUUGAUAUUGGCCUGGAUUCUGGUCCUCUGCACGGCCAUGGCACCACCGUUUUGCCAAGGUUAUUACUCCAAUACCGUGCCAUAUGUUCCGACGCCAGCAAAAGUAACCCACCUGCACUUCUUUUUUCAUGACACUCUGAGCGGAAAAAACCCUUCUGCAGUGAAGGUAGCCCGUCCAAACAUGACAACCGCUUUCAGUGACACGCUGAUACCCUUCGGCAGCGUGUUCGCCGUAGAUGAUCCACUCACCGUUGGCCCUGACCUAACAUCAGAGGUCGUUGGAAAUGCUCAAGGCAUCUGGGUGUCUACUGGCCAAGAUGUUUCAACUCUGGUAAUGUAUUUGGAUUUUGGUUUUGCUCGGGGUGAAUUCAAUGGUAGCUCUUUCAGCGUAUUGUCAAGGAAUCCAAUUACAAAGACUGAGCGUGAGGUUGCGGUGGUCGGGGGAAGAGGAAAGUUCAGGCUGGCGACAGGGUUUGCACAUCUUAAAACUUACUCUUUAAAUUUCACCAGUGGUGAUGCCAUUGUUGAGUAUAACGUGACUUUGAUUCAUCACUAG